AGGCCCAAGUUGACCUAGUUGAGAUAUAAUUUAGAUUUUGUACGUGCAAACGCCUAAACUAGAAAUUCAUUGUCACCCUCUUCAAAAACAGGGUGUCACAACUCACAACCACACCACCACCACCACCACAUUGCCCUAUCUAUCAAUCAAUCAUCCAUGCUCAUGGAGUUUAUCUUUCCUACUUUUUUACCAAACAAAAUCUAAUUUUUCUUUGUUAUAAAUAUUUUUAAUUUAUGAUUGUAUUAGUCUCAGCUAUAUAAGAUAGAGAAAGUAGUAUACUAAUUUGUUACGUUGUUAUUGUUGUUUCUUUCACUGUUCUUCUUUCGUCGUUUUCUAUAUUGUAUUAUAUUAUAUAUAUAAACUUUAAACUAUAAAGCAUCAAGCUUUUGCUCGCAUGUGGCUAAACUCGAUCUGGGAAAGUGGCAAAAGCCGUAAAUUUAACCAUUGGCAGUUGCUUUCUUUGUAAACUGUUUUUGUUUUUUAAUCUGAUAUAUAUUAUUGUUAUUUAUAUAUUGCCAAAUUAAAAACCGGCCACAGCUCCAUGAUCGGUGACCAGAGGCAGAACAUAUUUCAUUAGCGUCACCAUCAUCAAGUUCGCUCCUUUUAUUACCUCAUAUACUCUCUCUUCUUCAUAAAAAAGAUAAAAAGAAGAAGAAGAAGAACCCUUUUAAGGAUAUAGUAUACUACCACGAGAAAGAAGACAACAAAAUAUUCCCAGAAGCCAAACAGAGGAAUUGGAGAGAAAGUUUUGAUUUUGUUUGAUGGGUCAUUUACAGGAGAAGCUGAGAGGGUUUACAAACAACAGAUGGCUCGUUUUUGUGGCUGCAAUGUGGUUACAAUCGGCGGCUGGGAUUGGAUAUUUGUUUGGGAGCAUAUCUCCGGUCAUAAAGAGCUCUUUGAAUUAUAAUCAAAGACAGCUAGCCAGGCUUGGUGUGGCUAAGGAUCUUGGAGAUUCUGUUGGGUUUUUUGCUGGAAGCUUGAGUGAGAUGUUGCCCAUGUGGGCUGCUCUUCUUGUUGGGGCUUUAAAGAAUUUUUUUGGGUAUGGUUGGGUUUGGCUAAUUGUUACUGGAAGAGCUCCUGUUUUGCCUUUGUGGGCUAUCUGUGUUCUUAUAUUUAUUGGGACAAAUGGUGAGACAUACUUCAAUACAGCCUCUCUGGUUUCCUGUGUUCAAAACUUCCCGAAAAGUAGGGGUCCUGUGGUGGGUAUUUUGAAGGGAUUUGCAGGCUUAAGUGGUGCAAUUUUGACUCAAAUAUACACUAUGAUCCACUCACCAGACAAAGCUUCUAUUGUUUUCAUGGUUGCAGUUGGUCCAACCUUGGUUGGUAUUGCUUUAAUGUUUAUUGUUAGACCUGUUGGAGGUCAUAAACAGGUUCGAGCAUCGGAUGGCACCAGCUUUACAAUAAUCUACAGUGUGUGCAUACUAGUGGCUGCUUAUUUGUUGGGGGUCAUGCUAGUUCAAGAUCUAGUUGAUGUGAGCCAUAAAGUGAUCAUUAUAUUUACAGUGAUCUUGUUCAUCAUUCUCCUAGCUCCUAUUGUCAUUCCUGUGUGGUUGAGUUUCUCUCCAGACUCAAGAGUACCGGAAGAAGAGGCACUCCUAGCUCGGCCUAAGAAAGAGGGAACUGAUUCAGGUGCUACUAGUGAUAGUGAGGCGAUAUUGAGUGAGCUUGAAGAUGAGAAGCCUAAGGAAGUGGACUUGCUUCCAAGAUCAGAAAGACAAAAGAGAAUAGCUCAAUUGCAAACAAAAUUACUACAAGCAGCUGCUGAAGGAGCUGUGAGAAUCAAGAGGAGGAGAGGUCCACACCGAGGGGAAAACUUCACCUUGACGCAAGCUAUUAUUAAAGCUGACUUUUGGCUUAUUUUUGUGUCACUUAUGUUAGGUUCUGGAACUGGCUUGACAGUAAUUGACAACUUGGGUCAGUUGAGCCAGUCUCUCAAUUAUGACAACACACAUAUUUUUGUUUCCAUGAUCAGUAUUUGGAACUUCUUAGGCCGAGUUGCAGGUGGUUACUUCUCUGAGAUUGUAGUCAGGGAUUAUGCUUAUCCAAGACCAGUAGUAAUGGCUAUGGCUCAAUUUGCUAUGGCAUUUGGCCAUCUCUAUGUUGCUUUCGCAUUGCCUGGAGCACUAUAUGUUGGAACCAUAGUAAUUGGUGCUGGUUAUGGUUUUCACUGGGCAAUUGUACCAGCUACAGCCUCAGAAUUGUUUGGCUUGAAAAGUUUCGGUGCUUUGUACAAUUUUCUCACAAUGGCAAACCCUGCUGGAUGUCUAAUCUUCUCUAGCCUCAUUGCUGGCCCUCUAUAUGACCGCGAAGCAGAGAAGCAAGCUCAUGGGCGAAACCUCCAGCAACAGUUUAUAGGAUCAAUCUUCUCAGGCGUGCUUGGACCGAACGAUCCACCAGCAUGUGAAGGUUCAGUAUGUUUCUUCACAACUUUGGUAAUACUAUCUGGCUUCUGUAUUCUUGGAGUUGCCUUAAGCAUGAUUCUUGUGUAUAGAACUAAGGCAGUAUACACACACCUCUAUGGGAACUCCCGUUCAGCGCCAGUUUCAUAAUCGGUUGGUUUAUCAUUUGUCUGUAUAAUUUGUCUAGAGUAUGUUUCCAUGUGUUUGUUAAGACUAUAUCAGAAGAAAGAAUGAUGUUUUUGGGAAGAUAUAGUCUUAAAAAAGUUUUCCUCUAGAAGUGGGAGCCAUAAACCAAUACAGUUUUUUCCCUUUUGUCUAUUUUGUUCAGUGAUUAAACAACUCAUUAUUGAGUCUUUUUCAAUUUUUUUGGUAUUCUUUCCAUUUCAAUUUUGUGCUCUCUUGAGCUCAUAUGAUAGCUGUAUCCAUUAUAUAUUGAAUGAGUAAGUAAAAAGAUUGAUAUUUUCUUCA